GCAUGCUCAGUCGGGCUCUCUCCCGGUGUUAAAAUGGUGUCUGUCAGGAUGCAGCCGUGCGUGUUGUCAGUUUUACUUCUGAACGUUUUUUAUAGCUUCGUCUCCUCUUUGUAUUUUCACAUCGGAGAGACGGAGAAGAAAUGUUUCAUAGAGGAAAUCCCGGACGAGACGAUGAUUAUCGGUAACUACCGGACUCAGCUGUAUGAUAAACAGAGGGAGGAGUACCUGCCAGCCACUCAGGGUCUGGGCAUGUUUGUUGAAGUCAAAGAUCCAGAUGACAAGGUGAUUCUGUCUCGUCAGUACGGCUCGGAGGGAAGAUUCACCUUCACGUCACACACACCCGGAGAACAUCAGAUCUGUCUGCACUCCAACUCCUCCAAGUUCUCCCUGUUUGCUGGAGGCAUGCUGAGGGUUCACCUGGACAUCCAGGUUGGAGAACACGCCAACAACUACGCUGAGAUCGCUGCCAAGGACAAACUGACGGAGCUGCAGCUGAGAGUCCGACAGCUGGUGGAGCAGGUGGACCAGAUCCAGAAGGAGCAGAACUACCAGAGGUACCGGGAGGAGCGUUUCCGUCAGACCAGUGAGAGCACCAACCAGCGGGUCCUCUGGUGGUCCAUCGUCCAGACCCUCAUCCUGGUGGCCAUUGGCAUCUGGCAGAUGAGACACCUCAAGAGCUUCUUCGAGGCCAAGAAGCUGGUGUAACUGUCCUCCUGGAGGAGUGUGUGUGUGUGUGUGUGUGUGUGUGUGUGUGUGUGUGUGUGUGUGUGUGUGUGUGUGUGUGUGUUGGUCUCCACUGAUUGAUGCAGUACUGAGCGGCCGCGGCGGUCGCUGUGGUUGGAGGAAGAACUCCUGAGGAGUCGGGACGCAGAGAAAUCCAGCUGCACGAUUUGGCUUGAAAACAUCUUCAUUUUUAUUUUGACUGCUCUGAUUGUUUUCCUCACACACCCUGUUUGUAAUGAGCCCCUCACAUCUGCAGUAGACUAUCAGGGAAAACGUGACUGUGUAUCACAUGUUUGUUUGGGAGCAGGAAAACGGUUUCACCUUUUUGACUGGGACUGGGUUUUGUCUCCUGGGUUUUGUCUCCUGUUCUCAUGUCAGCCAUGUUUGUUGUGUCCUGUUGACUCCACAGAAUCAAAGAAAGUUGAGCAGCAUCGGGACAAACGAACUAAACCAGCCGACGGCUCCCAGACAGAGUCACGUGUUCACAGGUUUCUCUUUGUUGUUGUUAAUUUGCCCUUUUUCUUUCUCGUUACUCGCUGUGAGAACUUGACAUGUUACUGGCCACUAGAGAUGUUGUUCAGUCGCGCGCACGGAAACAGAAGUCAGGUUUACACGUAACGUCAGUUUGAAGCUGGUAGUUUGCUCCGUGUCCUCUGAGAGACGGCAGACAUCUUAACUCUCUCACACUCUCUGCAUCUUCCAUCAUCCGCAACUACACUGAAUAAAACGGGUUGAAACGCCAUCAGUGAUGUAAUCAGUUGUUACUGCCCAAUCCUCGGUAUUUUCCAGAGUUAGAUGUGAAACAUACUCAGUUUUAAAAAGGCAGACUCACAGAAACAAGGCUUCAGUGUGACAGAUCAUUUUUUAUACUUGUCUAUGGAGAAUAAUUUUUUCAAGCACAAAUGCCGAACACUUGAUGGUAAAAGCUCGUGAGAUGUGAGGAUUUGAUGCGUUCGUGUUCUCAUGUCAUACAAAGCAAACGGUGACCUGACGUUCUGCUGUCGGACGUCGUGAUGGACGUUCACUUGUUUCUGAAAUGCAGCAGUUAAUUGUUAAAUCAAAGAAAUGAGCGGAUGAAUGGAUAACGAAGCCCCGGCUUCCAUCGUUCCUCCGCUGCUGUCGGUGUUUGCUCAGUCUGCUGCUGGAGGUCACUGCCUCCACCCGCCAUGGGAUUCAUGUGGGCUGAAUUUCUGAGGACAUGCACAACAAACUCGUCCUCAGAAAGGACGAGAGGUGCAGCCUUCGCAUGAUGUAUAGCUAAAGAAAGUUUGUCAGCGUCCCGACUAACGAGCUCUGUUCAGAUCUUGGCUUUGUUUCAUCACGUUGUCAGAAUUUUGGCUUCAGUGCCAACGUUAGUUUAAUGAGCUGAUACUGGAAGGAUUGAACAGCGACCUGUCAGGUCGUCACUCACACUGUUUCCUUCUGAUGCUCAGAUUUCACCGUAUCUGGGGUCGAAGCAAACGUUUUGGUAACUGUGACGCGGCUGCUCUCAGCUCUUUGGGACCAGCCUGUUUGGGUUGUCGUCUCUCAGCCUGGUUCAGUGAACUCAGACCAGAAGAGACCGUUUCCUGUUGGUUACUGUGCAUUUGAGCGAGUCUGAGUCCAGACUCAGUGUAUGUUUCUGUCCAUCUGACUGUGGCUCGGUGUUGGUCUGCAGGUGGAGGUGGAGGAAGCUUAUCCACCGUGAGGCGUCCUUUCAUCCAUUCAUCCAUUCAUCCUUUUCCCAUUAAUAUUAAUGAUUAACACAUCUGGUGAAGAGUAAUUUGAAAACGUCCCAGACAGACGCCUCAGCUCUGCUUCACCUCCAGCUCCUGAAACUUGCCGAUGAUCUUUACCUCGAGAUUUUUUUGCCACUGCAGGUGUAGACGAACAAAAACACAAAUCACAAACUGUCGUUAUAAAGCUGACUUCAUGUUCCCAGAGCUGAACUGCUGAAUACUCAGCUUCCACCACCAGUUUGUUCAGAGAGAGCAGAGCAGUGAAGUGUUUUCUGUGGAAUGAGUCUGGAUCUGGAGUGAAAACACCGUCAGUCGGGCAGUUUGUUCUUACUCUUCAGUUUUUAAGGUUUUGUUGCGCUUUUUAUUUCCUGGUGGUUUGUGUUGAUCGGCUGAUGUUGCUGGUAGGUUUCAGUUUUCAGAAAUGUUUCCGGGCUUAGAUUUUGAAUCGCUGGUGAAGGUUUUAGGCUGGAAGAGGGGCAUGAAUUUAUUUUAUUUUUAGAGAGACUCUAUGUGAAAUCUGUCUAAAAUUGCACUCGGAAUAAAGUUUUGUCACAUUUGG